AUGCAGUCAUCACUAUCCUUCGAAAUCAAAGAAAUCCGGAAAAUAAUCUCAUUUUUCCCAAUAUUUACAUGCGCUUUUCAGACACGUGAUCUUUCAAUUGGUUAUUCAUUAGCCGCAUUCUGUUACGUUUUUAUCGGCUUUGCCUUUUAUGCUGGAUUCCCCGUGCAAAGAAGUUGCAUCAGUGACAACUUCCUCAACAAUUUCGGUGCUGGAGACAUCCUGAGCAGCACAGCUCGUAUGUUCUUACUUUUCCAAAUGAUUACGGUGCUUCCAUUGCUGAUGUUCCUCAUUCGUUCACAGCUCUGCUAUGCUUUCUUAGGCAAAACCUGGCCUGGGCUGAUUUCGGUUUUUAUACUCAACUUUGCGAUUAUGUGUAUGGCUGUGAGUGUUGCUAUAUUUUAUCCAAAGGUCGGAAGCCUUCUUCGAUACGUUGGAGCUAUGUCUGGAUUGGUGUAUGUAUUUGCGCUUCCUUGUAUAGUUUACAUGAAGAAAUUACAUUCGGAAGGCAAAUUGACCCGAUCGAAGAGGAUCAUACACACGACUAUCAUUGUCCUCGGUGUCCUGAACUUUAUUGCGCAGUUUGUGAUAUAA